AUGUCCCAGUGGAUCCAGAUGGAUUGUGUGGCCCGGUUUAUCCAUCAACGUGUGCAGCUCGGCUUCCCAGGCCGUACAAUUGUAUACUAUAGCACCAUCACACAUACUCGUACGAUGGCCGGUCUCCUAGGCUAUGAGGGCUUCUUUGCCGAGCAGGCUGAUCGUGCUGGGAUCUUGGAACGGUUCCGUGGCGGCAUAGGUAAAGUCCUUGUGGCCACCAACGCGCUUGGGAUGGGGAUUGAUAUUCCUGAUAUCCGGUGUGUGAUCCAUCUUGGGUGGCCCCGUACGAUGCUCGACUACAGCCAGGAGAGUGGACGGGCUGGACGAGGCGGCCAACCCAGCGAGGCAAUCAUCAUCCAGCCAGAUAGUUUCCAUGAGCCACCAAUCUGGUUCCAACUACCUGCUGGAGCGGAUGAGAAACAAGUGCAAGCCCACCAGGCCGAUAUAAGGCUCGUACGAGAGUAUCUUAAUGUGCCACUAGAUGGGUGCCGACGGGCAGUCCUCGAUGGAUAUCUUGAUGGGGACUUUGAUGGGCGUACGAGGAUACACUGUGGUGAUAUUAUUGCGCAGGGGCUUGACGAACAACGGUGUGACCGAUGUCAACCUGAUUGGUUCCAUGGGCUCUCGUACGAAGUGACACGGGCUAUGCUACCGGAAGCAGAGAUAUCCUAG